AUGGAGACCGACAGACUUCAAUUCCACGAAAUGGGUCUUGACGACCGUCUUUUGAAGGCGGUGGCAGAUCUAGGUUGGUCCCAGCCCACCUUGAUCCAAGAGAAGGCCAUUCCCCUGGCUUUGGAAGGCAAGGAUCUCCUGGCUCGAGCCCGGACCGGUUCCGGAAAAACGGCUGCUUACGCCGUGCCGCUCAUCCAACGCAUCCUGGCCUCCAAGCAGAGUGUUCGGGAGCAGGAUGUGCGUGCCCUGAUCUUGGUGCCUACAAAAGAACUGGGCCAGCAGGUCCAGGCCAUGAUGAGACAGCUGACGGCGUACUGCUCCAGGGAUGUGCGCGUGGCCGACAUCUCCGGGAAAGCUGACGUGUCUGCGCAGAGGCCUGUCCUGAUGGAGAAGCCUGACGUGGUGGUGGGUACUCCAUCCCGUGUGCUGGCCCACCUCAACGCGCGCAACCUUCUCCUGAGCACGUCGCUUGAGACACUGGUUGUGGACGAGGCCGACCUGCUCUUCUCCUUUGGCUUCCAGGAUGACCUCAAGAGCCUGCUGUGCCACCUGCCAAAGAUCUACCAAUCUUUCCUCAUGUCAGCCACCCUCAGUGAAGACGUCCUCGCCUUAAAGGAGCUUCUGCUGCACAAUCCCGUGACUCUGAAGCUGCAAGGCUCCCAGCUGCCGGACACGGGCCAGCUGCAGCAGUUCAGCAUUUGCUGCGAGGAGGAAGACAAGUUCCUACUGGUCUACACGUUGCUCAAGCUGCGGCUGGUGCGGGGCAAGACGCUCAUCUUCGUAGGUGCUGUGGAGCGCAGCUACCGCCUCAAACUCUUCCUGGAGCAGUUCAGCAUUCCCGCCUGCGUCCUCAACUCGGAGCUGCCCAUACAGUCCAGGUGUCACAUCAUAACGCAGUUCAAUCAAGGUUUCUACGACUUCAUCAUUGCCUCGGAUGAACGGGGUCUGGACGACCCCACCGCCGCCACAGCGCCACAGCCGGCAGGAAAAGGCAAGAAGAAGAAAGCGGGAAAGACUAAAGAGAAGGAAUACGGCGUCUCCAGAGGCGUGGACUUCCAAAAUGUCGCCAACGUCAUCAACUUUGAUUUCCCUGCCACCGUCGAGUCCUACAUCCAUCGAGUUGGAAGGACAGCGAGAGCUGACAGUCCGGGCACAGCCUUGUCCUUCGUCUCUCACACGGAAAGCGCUUUGCUCUCGGAGGUGGAGGAGACUCUGAUGGGAGAUAACGCGGAAUCCUCCCUGAAGCCAUACCAGUUCAAGAUGGAGGCCAUUGAGGGUUUCAGGUACCGAUGCAGGGAUGCAAUGCGAUCGGUCACCAAGCAGGCAGUGAGAGAAGCCCGACUGAAGGAGAUCAAGCAGGAACUUCUCAACUCGGAGAAGCUAAAGACAUACUUCGAGGACAACCCCAGAGACCUGCAGCUCCUCAGACACGACCAAGACCUUCACCCUGCCGUCAUCAAGCCUCACCUGAAGAAUGUCCCCGACUACCUCGUCCCCGAAGCGUUGAAGAACGUGAUCGACCCUCUGUCGAAUAAGAGAAAGAGGAGGAGGAGACUGGAAAAGCCCAAACCACACGGAGUCGUCAAAAGCAGCUUCAAGGGCAAGAACCCUCUGAGGAGUUUUCGCUACACAAAAAGAGAGAAGAACAGGAAGCCGAGACGUUCGUAA